CCCCCACAGCUCAGCCGCGAGGAGAAGAGACGCAGGAGGCGGGCCACCGCCAAGUACCGCUCGGCCCACGCCACCCGGAGCGAAUCCGCGUGGAGGCCUUCAACGUGGCGUUCUCAGAGCUCCGCCUCCUGCUGCCCACCCUGCCCCCGGACAAGAAACUCUCCAAGAUCGAGAUCCUGCGCCUGGCCAUCUGCUACAUCUCCUACCUCAACCACGUGCUGGACGUGUAGGGGCCCCGCCAUGUGA